AAAACGACAGCCAAUGGGCUGGUGCCUGGUGGCUUUUGCCUGGAGCUGAGCUGAGCUGUGGGGUGGUGGUGGUGGCUCAGUGAGGAGCAUGGCAGCAGGGAGGGGGUGGUGGUGGUGGCUGGCAGUGGCUUGCCUGCUGCUGGCAGUGGCAGGAGCACCAGCCCAAGCCCAAGCCCAGAGUGGGGAGCUUCCUCACCGCAGGUUCGAGUACAAGUACAGCUUCAAGGGACCCCAACUGACUCUGGACGAUGGCACUGUCCGUUUCUGGACUCACUAUGGCAGUGCCCUCCCUAGCUCUGAGCGAGUCCGUGUUGCUCCUUCUUUACGCAGUCAGAAGGGCUCCAUUUGGACCCAGAACAAAGUUACUUUUGAAGACUGGGAAAUCGAGGUUGCCUUUCGGAUCAGCGGCCUGGGCAGGAUCGGUGCAGAUGGAUUGGCCAUAUGGUACACCAAAGAGAGGGGUCCGACAGGACCAGUGUUUGGAGCAAUGGACAACUGGGAUGGCGUUGGGAUCUUCUUUGACACCUUUGAUAAUGAUGAUGGUAAAAACAAUCCAAUCAUCCUCCUAAUGGAGAACAAUGGGAAACUCACCUACGAUCAUUCCAACGAUGGUAUAGCCCAGGGUCUGGGUUCAUGUAUCAGAGAUGUCCGGAAUAGUUAUCAUGCCGUCCGGGUAAAGAUAAGUUAUUACCGCAAGACGUUACAGGUUUAUCUAAAUCUGGGGAAUUCAGUGACCGACGAGAGUUAUGAGCUUUGCAUUCAGGUCAAAAACUUGAUCGUUCCUUCCGGAGGCUACUUUGGAGUUUCUGCAGCGACUGGAGGAAUUGCUGAUGAUCAUGAUGUUCUGUCAUUUGUCACGUUCAGCCUGACUGAACCUGGGAAACAGGAUCCCUCGAACCAGAUGCUCAACAAAGACCUGGAUGAGUAUCAAAAAGAGUAUGAACGCUUUGAGAAAGACCUUGAGAAACGCAAAGAUGAGUACCAAAAACAACACCCGGAGACACACACGCCAGAUGAGGAUGUAUUUGAGACACAGGGCCAACGGGAGUUACAGAUGGUGCUUGAUGGUCAGUCCGUGAUUCAAUCCGAGUUGAAGAGACUUGGGGAGAGGUUGAAAGUGAUGUUCGAAGGGCAGAAACAAAAUUCUGAGUUCAUCAGCCAUGCAGGCGGAAAGCGAUCCACAACUACAGUGGUAGGAGAAGCAGAACAGGGUGACGUUGGUUCCAAAAGCCUCGAGUCGAUGCUGAAAAAUCAGAAGGAGUUGGUUCGUCAAGUGCAGGAAAUGAGGACAAGCAUAGCAGACAUCAUUACCAAUGUGAAACUCCAUCAGAAGUCCUUAAAUGCUGAAAGUGCGGAACCCGGACACUUUCUUGAGAUAAAAGAACACAUUUACGUUGUGAAGAAAGAUGUUGACAGCCUAUUAAAAUUCAAGGCUCAACACAUCAACUGCCCAAAGGUUCCAUUAGUUCCACCCUGUACCUCAGCAGGACAUUUCCUAGUCUUUAUUGUUCUUCAAUCAAUAUUUGUCAUCUACUAUCUAAUGUACAGGAGUAAAAGACAAGCCGAUUUCAAGAAAUUUUUCUAAGAAAAUAUUGCAGCAAACUGCUUCAGGGCAACGAAAAAGCAAAGAUCUAUUUCUGGAGAGUUUUGCAAACAAAUUUCUGAAGCAAUUAUUUGCUUUAAGCUAUCUUAUAGAAGUGUUUUUUUUUACACUUCUGAGUGUUACAAGCCAAAUGAGUGGAUCGAAGAACAGGGUAAUAAAGUCACUGCUGUAAUCAUGAAACCAUUUGAUUUCAUACAGAAAACAUUAAUGUACUUGAAAGAUGUAAUUCAAUCCAGGGAGUUAUAAAACCAAAGUGAUUUAUUUCAUGUAAAACGUAGAUAGAAUUGAUUUUGAUAAAUGUACCAAGUGUUCAUAUUCUAAAGGGAUAGUGUUUUGUGGAAUUCUUAUCUUUUUAUUAAUUGGAAAAAGUCUAAUUUUUUAAUUUAUUGCAAUCUCCUGUAAAACAUUUGACUUUUCAGCUGAAUGUAUGAAAGAUGUACAGCAAAAUAAAUGGCAGAAGACAUA